AUGCCGCUGCCGAAAGAGCUCGAACCCGCAGUUAGAAACUGCAUCAGGGAGACGACCAUCAAGACCGGCGACGGCAUGCUGCGCGACUGUGUGUACCAGCGUAGCUCCACCAAGCUGACCCUGGUCGAAGGGCUCUACCAGCAUGAUUUUGGCGGCGACCCGGCAGGUUUCUUUGAGAGCGGCCGCCGCGCGCUGAGCCUGCACCACUGGAAGUCGUGGUACAGGGCCCCCGUCGUCAGCAUGGCCGCCGUCGCCAACAUCUGCGGCGACUGCUUCAUGCAGCGCUGGCGCUUCGCCAAGGACACCCUCCUCGCCAACGGCUACAGCAUCACCGUCUACCGCGAGGGCCUCGACUCCGUCGACCUCUCCCGCAUGGAGGGCACCUUUAACGAGGCCGAUGGCCGCUUCGAUUUCGUCUAUGGGCCCUUCCGCCCGCGGCUGGGUAAGGACCAAAAGAAGAGCUAUCGCCUGGUAGCGGUCGAUGGCGGCACCUCCAAGGGCGACCGCUUCCGCCAGGCGUAUGUGUACCGUGCGAAGCGCGAUGAGGAGGGCGUUGAGCCGGUCGACGAGGUGGUGGAGUUGGUGUGGGACGUUUGA